AUGUCCGUGGCGUUCACUUGCAAGCGGUGCUUUGCAGUAUGCCAAAAGCUUUGGAAACGGCCUUCUGUUUAUUACCUCACUGAUCGUGAUGUAAUACAUGUUGGAGAUCUACCCGAGUCGGUCACACAUUUGGCAAUCGAUCAUCACUUUACACAAAGACUGACGCCUGGGAUACUACCCGAGUCGAUCACUGAGCUCAGCUUGGGCUAUUCCUUCAACACUCACAUCGAUCCUGCCACGCUGCCCUCGUCUCUGCAGACGCUGUCCUUUACCAAUGACCCCUGGUUCAAUGAACGAAAGCAGACCUUCAAACCUGGCUGCUCGAACCUCCCAGCAUCCCUCACAAGCUUGACCUUGGGGCACAUGUUUGACCAAAGUCUCGCUCCUGGAACACUGCCUCACUCGAUCACCACAUUGACACUUGGCAACUCUUUCGACCAUCCACUGACUGCUGGUGUCCUGCCCGCGUCACUAACGCGACUAGUCUUUGGCCACGAGCCCCCAGGAUUCAACCAACCGACGUCAUUGAUUGUCCUUCCUCUGGGUCUGCGCAGCCUCUCAUUGGGCAUAAACUUCAAUCAAGUCAUCCCUCAGGGGUGGCUCCCGCCCCUCCUCGAGAGGCUCUCGUUUGGCAACCACUACCAACAAGACAUCUCUCCAGAUGCACUGCCAGCGUCCCUCCAGACGCUUUCCUUUCGCAAGACACUGCGCAUAAAGCAGCUCCCUCCGGGUGCACUACCGCCGUCUCUCACGACACUAAAGCUGCCAACUAAUUACAACCAUCCAUUCGCCCCUGGAGACCUCCCCAGUACCCUAUCCACUCUGGUUCUAGGCCGGUGGUUCAAUCGAGAGUGGGCCAACAACUCGCUGCCACCAUCGCUCACCUCGUUGGUUGUUGGAGAUCAACACAGCAUGACUCUGCUGGCUCUCGACUCGCAGCCCUGCUCCCUCCAAACAUUGGCAAUGUGCCAUUGCUUCUUGGAUGUGAGGGGACAGCCCUGCGCUUGCAACCCUAGUCGUUGCAGUGAAUUCGAUUGCUUCAUCCCUACCGGAACUCUUCCAAACUCCAUCAGGACCCUGUCUUUUGGACAUAGUUUCAACCAGCCCCUAGGUCCCCUGACUCUGCCGUCGUCGCUCACCAACCUGGCCCUUGGCGCUGCAUUCCAACAAGAUGUCGAUGCCCAGGUGUUUCCCAUGUCCCUCACGAGACUGGCACUUAGAGGAGAGCCGGUGCGUCUGCCUACCAGCAUCAAGCACUUGUCUCUACGCGAGAUGGACCAACUCUGUUCAAUGGACACAUCGCCCUGCGCCUUUGAUAUUGUCCAGAUGGACCUUAUGGAGUGCACAGGUCGCGCGCCUCUCCAGCCAACAACAUUGUCCUUGCGAGCAGUCGAGGUGCAAUUUGGAGUCUUGUCUCCAUUUGACGAAUCACCUAUCUUAGAGCCCUCCAGCAAGCUGACCUCCUUUGUCGUCCAUUUCCUCCGCGAUCACUUCAUGCCUAGAUACCAACUGCCCUAUGUCCUCAGACUUCGAAUGGAAUUCGUCAAUAUCAACUACAUAGUCUCUUGGAUUGACUCUACCACUGCUCUGCUGGUCCUUUGCCAUGACAAUGUGCAUCGUAUUUGGACCACAAACAAGUUGCAAAGACAAUGA